AGGCCGUGCCGUCCAAGAUCCUGGACCACAUGGGGCCCAUCGCGGCCGGCCUGACGCGCCAGAACGUGGCGAGCCACCUGCAGAAGUACCGCAAGCGCCACACCGCGCAGUCCGACUUCUGCAAGGCCGCCGCCUACUGCCCCCCGGCCGCCUACCCCUGCUGGUCGCCCUUCGCCACCCCUUACAUGAUGGGUGGCCAUGCAUGCGCGCUGCCACACGCCCCCUGGGCCACAGUGGCGUCAAUGAUCCCUACAUCCCAGCCGCAGGCCCAGCCGUCCGAGAGCAUCAACGCCAUCAUUGCAGAUGUCCUGAAGAAGCCCAAGGGCAAGCCGCCCAUUGGGUUGAAGCUGGACACUGGGAAAGUAAUGGAGGCAGUCAGCAAGGGGUUGCACCUGCGCAAGUGACAGCGGCCUUCCGCAGCCCAGCCAUUCACAGCUGGUCACACGGCUCAAGAGUAUUCCUUUCACCAUGCCGACAUGGCAGUGUCUUAUUUCUGAAGUAUUGGGCCCGAGCCUCGCCACGCGCUGGCCGCUCGGUCCCCUAGAGACCCCCCCGAAUUUUUGCAGCAGGAGCAGACUGCAUAGGAGUGUGGAGCGUGUCUGCGGUUAAUUUUGUCUCAAGAAGCAGGCCCCCAAAGAGAUGCCCGUGGGGGAACAACCUGCAACAUACAGCUCGGGCGGUUGACAGAGCGGAUGAUGAGGUCGUUGC